AAAGAAAAAAAAAAAAACAAGUACUUUUGGAUCAAUCAUUCAACCACAGUUUCUUUUUAUCAUGGAGCUGUUCUGGUCAGCUGAGUUUCAUGACAUACAGUUUUUUUUUAGUGAUGCUAUAAAGUUUGGGUUCAUAAUUGAUGACCAUCUCCUGUCAUCUCUACUACAUCUUCCUUCUUAGAUCAAAGUGAAAUGAAGUUUGGUAAUGCGAUACAUGCAUGCCUGUUUGGUAGAUUAAUUGCACCAUUCAAGGUGUAAAAGGAAAUGUGUGUAAGAAACAGGUGAACACGGUUGGUAUUUGCAUUAUUUAUGUUUAUGUGAGCAUAUAUUUCCUGUACCGGUACUUGUUCCUGGUGGGCGUUUAUUCAAGCAUAUUCUGAAGGCAUAAUUCUGUGUUGGCUGAUAAAAUUAUACUUUUUGUGAAGCCCUGAAAAUGGGCAAUCCUACCAAUUUAGUUUUAUUUUCAAAAUGAAAUGAAGAAGAUGUAUAAAUUGCGCUGAAAGUUGCUCUUUUAUAUGUGAAAAGGUAGAGGAAGAAGGGUAAUCAUUCAUUUCUAAUUAAGCCAGGCCGUUGGUAAAAUUGUGUUUGCAGCUUGUGACCAGUGAUAGACCCUCCAAAAAGUUACCUACUCUUUAGACUUUUUAUUGGAUUUUGUCAAUGGUAAUUUUUUUUAAAAUGCUGACUUUUUCACUACCUAGAAUAAACAAAAAUCUCCGCAGAUCUAGCCUGUUUUUACUGAUAGGGCUGGGUUAUAGAAACAUGGAGUAUUUUAAAGAUGGCCCCAUGCUUAGAUUUUCUGUGAAGUGUUUUUUUUUUUUUUUUUGAUGUAAGGUAAUAAGGAUUUUGAGCCUUAGGGAAUAUAAAGAACUUUCUUGAAAUAAAUCUCCUGUGUGUUUUGACAUUUGUAGUAUUAAUCUCUUUUAUUACCUCUGAGGCCUGUCAUACUAAAGCAGGAGGAACGAAAAGGUUUUGUUAAACAGUGGUAUGGAAACCUGUUCUUUUAAAUAAGCUUGCUUUUUUUUUUUUCCUUAAUGAUCCCCAGGUUGUAUUUUUUAAAAUUUUUGUGCAGAAUCAAGUCUUGUUGUAAUAUUCUGGGAUUUAAUAAGUUUUGUUGAGUUUUUUUACUCUACAGGUAAAAACACAAUGCGUCGUAUAUAAGAGGGCUUUACCUUUCCAUGACUUAGGAUAAAUGUACGUGUAGUUUGUGUAUUUACUCAGUUAUGUGAGUUUUUGUGGCCAUCUUGAUGAAAUUUUACAAUUGUCUCUUUACUUUCAACAUUCUUCUCUAGUUAUAUGUUGUUCAUUUUAUAUUGCUGUCAGGCCUUACAGAUCAAAUUUGUGUUCACCAAAGACAUGAAAAAACUAUAAAAUGUAACAAACACGAAAACCCUAACAAGAAACAACAACAAAACAGUGAGUGCGACAGAAAUGCUUGUGUUACACAAACAAAAAACAUGCACAUAUUUAAACUCGAAUAGUGCCUUGUUUUCACUGUAUUUGUCUGGCUGAUUCCUGAUCGUGUUUUUUAGACAUUACGAAUUGUCUUACAGCUUCUUGUAUCUGCCAACUGAAGUGCAAUACAGACCAAAGCCAUCAGGUUCCUGUAGCAUUGUAGCUAGUGAAAAACCUAGUCAUGAAAAUGAUGGAUCCAAUUUGUUUUGUUCCAAUAUGUUUCUGUUUUGUUGACCAAUGCUAAAUGUUUUGUAGUGAGUUGAUGUCCCUGCAGUUUAUUUUUUUUUGAUGAUCGGAUGUUUUUGAUGGCUGUUUGGGUGUUUUUUUAUUUGGUGGCAGUUUGAAGUGGAUGGGUGUUUUUUUAUUUGGUGGCAGUUUGAAGUUGAUUGGUGUUUUUGUAGUUGGUGGCAGUUGAAGUGGAUGGGUGUUUUUUGUAGUUGGUGACUGUUUAAAGUGGAUGGUGUUUUUGUAGUUGGUGGCUUUUUGAAGUAGAUGGGUGUUUUUGUAGUUGGUGGCAGUUUGAAGUAGAUGGGUGUUUUUAUAUUUAGUGGCUGUUUGAAAUGGAUGGGCGUUUUUGUAGGUGGUGACUGAAGUAGAUGGGUGUUUUUAUAUUCGGUGGCUGGUUAAAGUGGAUGGUGUUUUUGUAGUUGGUGGCAGUUGAAGUGGAUGGGUGUUUGUGUAGUUGGUGGCUGUUUAAAGUGGAUGGUGUUUUUUGUAGUUGGUGGCUGUUUGAAGUAUAUGGGUGUUUUGUAUUUAGUGGCUGUUUGAAUUCGAUGGGUGUUUUUGUAGUUGGUGACUUUGAAGUAGACGGGUGUUUUUAUAUUCAGUGGCUGUUUAAAGUGGAUGGUGUUUUCAUAUUUGGUGGCUGUUUGAAGUGGGUGUUUUUGGGUGGGGACUUCAUGACUUUUUAUUUGGUGACUUUCUAGUGAGUGGGUGUUUUGCAGUUGUUGAAUUUUGUAGUGGGUGUGUGUGUAACGAAAUUAUAGUAUUUGGGUUGGUUGUUGACGGCAGCUACAGUGUAGGCUUGAUUUGAAAAUAAGAACCUCAUGCUGAUAAUGCAGGUUGCUGUUCUAAGUGGCAGUGUUGAAGCUGAUGUUUUGUGAACUGAACACUACAGUCAUUUUGUAUUAAGUUCUGCAUUAGUUCAGUUUAAAAAUCAACUGUUUUCUGUUUUUUUGACAUUGUAUUGCCAAAGCCUUACAUUAGGGAUCAAUUACAUUAUGAAGGUCUAACAUUGUUGACUUAGAGCCAGUAUACUGAUAAGCUUACUUAAAAGAGAAAAAGAAAAUAAAAAAACACACACACACACACAAAAAACAAAAAUGUGUGCUUGCUUUACCUUUUCACCUUCAUAGGUCAGUCACAUUUUCCAUGCUUGUUUACAUCGGUUCAGAUGAAACGCCAAAGGUUGUCUUUAUAAAGGAUUCCGGGAAACUCUGAGAACAAUGUUCUGUAGUUUUGUUAUUAUCUAUUCCUUUGAAUUAGCUGUAGUUCCCCUCAGGACAUGACUUGUUUUGGAGUAUGUUUGAGCAGAGUGUUUUAAUUCUACAGUAAUUGUAGUCGGUAAUUGGAUGGCUGACGGCUGUGUUUUUCUUGUAUCACAGAGUAUGGCGGGUUUGCUAUUAUUGCAGGUUUUAAUACCAAAGUUGUUUUUGCGUGUUGUUAUUGACCAGUAUCGAUUCCCCCCAGGUGGGUUCAGAAUUAACACUUUGUAAAUAUGGACUUGUGUCAUUAUACAGAAUGUUUAUGUAUAAUUGUCUUAAAAUCCUUGCAAUUUAAUAAAUCUUUCUGCAUUUAGUGAUAAUUACAUAGGGAUAAAAUUAUCUAUAUGUACAGCAACCUGUACAUGUAGAUGGUCGUGGGUUUUCCCCCGGGUUCUGCCUGGCUUCCUCUCGCCAUAAUGCUGGCCGCCAUCAUAUCAGUGAAGUAUUCUACAUUACAGUGUAAAACAUGGAUCAUGUAAAUAAAUCUCUUUUUGAUGUAUAUCAAAGGGUUAGCUUUCUCAUCGAUCACUGUUGAGCACUUUUAUUCAAAAGCUGUACCAGCGUACAAGACCCAGUGUUCAGUGAUAACAUUCAUGGAACCCAGUUGAGGCACCUCAAUCCUGCCGACAAUACACCUAUAGUGUACAUGUAACAUGAAAGUAAUCAUGAGAAAUGGUCCGAAUACUUGUAUUGGAUUGGCUGUUUUGAUUAAGUGUGGAGCUAAAAUCCAGGAUGUUUUCAUUUUGUUGUGGGUUGAUGCUUUAGUGUGAGUUGAUAGAUCUUGUUAUGGGUUAAUGCUUUUGUUUAGGGAUGUUUUUGUUUUGAGUUGAUAGUUCUGUUGUGGGAUGAUACUUGUGUUGUGGGUUGAUGUUUUUGUGGGUUGAUGUUUUUGUUGUGGGAUGAUACUUUUGUUGUGGGUUGAUGUUCUUGUUUUGAGUUGAUUGUUCUGUUGUGGGUUGAUUUUUUUGUUGUACAUGUAGGUUGAUGUUUUUGUUGUACAUGUAGGUUGAUGUUUUUGUUGUGGGAUGAUACUUUUGUUGUGGGUUGAUGUUCUUGUUUUGAGUUGAUGGUUCUGUUGUGGGUUGAUGUUUUUGUUGUACAUGUAGGUUGAUGUUUUUGUUGUGAGUUGAUGGUUCUGUUGUGGGUUGAUGUUUUUGUUGUGAGUUGGUUCUGUUGUGGUUGAUGUUUGUGUUGUGAGUUGAUGGUUCUGUUGUGGGGUGAUGUUUUUGUUGUAAAUAUAGUUGAUGUUUUUGUUUUUAGUUGAUGGUUCUGUUGUGAGUUGAUGUUUUGUUGCAGGUUGAUGGUUCUUUUGUGGAGUGAUUUUUUUUUUGUUCUGUGUUAAUGUUUUUGUUUUGUGGGUUGAUGUUUUUGUUGUUGGUUGAUGGUUCUGUUGUAAUUUGGUGUUUCUGAUAUUAAAUAGAAGUUUCUUCUUCAUUAUCCACUACUGUUUCAUGUAAAAUUGACCCAGCAGUAUAUUUGCCUCUGUAUAUUUAGAACCCACCUUGAAACGGUGACUUUACAGGUGGUAAGCCAUAACAUCACCAAACUGUGACCUUACAGGUGGUAAGCUAUAACAUCACCAAACUGUGACCUUACAGGUGGUAAGCUAUAACAUCACCAAACUGUGACCUUACAGGUGGUAAGCUAUAACAUCACCACUGAGGUACCCUGACUGGCUAGGCCAGUGCAUUGUUUAGCCAAGAGAGUCUCUCAGUGUCUUAGGGUCGCCCUAUUGUGACAAAAUUAACAUGGAGAGAUAGAGAAAAUGGGAGAAAAUUUGAAAUGAGACGAGUUUCAAAUUUCAAAUUCUGGUUAAAUCUAUGCUCUCUGCUAAUAUACUAUUUAAAUAGGUUAUAAUGUUUGUAAUUGUGAAAAUUAACCGAGUCUAGACACUUCUCCUUUGGUCAGAAAGCAGAAACCUGUUGAAAAUGGCUCAAUGCUUGAAAAGUUACAUGUUACAUGGACGUACAUGUAUGUCACUGUCUGAGAUUUAUUGUUUUUUUCAUGUCAACACUGAAUGUGAAAAACUGCUUGAAUUAAUUACAAGUUUAAACUGGGGUGAUCUUUUGUAUUGUGAUCAUACACAUAUCAGUGACAGCAUGUUGCUGUAAUUCUUCAGCCUUUUUCGCAAGUUCGCAGCGGGUUUAUUGAAGACAUACUCUGAAGGCAUUGUUCUGUGUUGUCUGAUAAAAUUAUACUUUUGCGAAGCCCUGAAAAUGGGCAAUCCUACCAAUGUAGUUUUGUCUCCAAAAUCAGAUUAAGUGUAUGCAUAAAUUGCACUGAAAGUUGCCGUUUCAUACGUGAAUGGGAUGUGAAAUUAGGUUAUUCAUUGUUGCAUAACAAGCCUAUGUUCAGGUUUGCAAACUCGUGCUUUGUUUACUUGCAGGUCAUUUUUCAAGCCAGUGAAAAUGACAUGUGUCCAACUUCCCAGUGGAAAUUGAGUGAAGGCCAUUGUUCCUCCUGAUGUUAGCAUCCUGCCAAUGGACUUGUUUUACUGAGCUGAACAUGCCUGGAGAAAUUACAGAAAACGUUGAGCCAAUGGCCUACACCCCAGCUUCAGAGGAUGGGCUGUUCCAUAGCCAGAACACAUCUGAUAUGGGUCAGAACUAUCUAGGUGAAUAUGCUUUCCCAGUUCAGACAGUACAGGGUCAGCAAUGAAUACAAUGGAUGGGCCGUCAGGAGCAAAACAACAGAAAGAGGGACAUAAUGCAGACUCCUCCAGUGGUGUUGGAAAGGGCAUCGAAGAGGAGCUGUGUAGAAUUUGUGGUGACCGAGCUUCGGGCUAUCAUUACAAUGCCCUUAGCUGUGAAGGAUGUAAAGGUUUUUUCCGCCGCAGUGUGACUCGUGGAGCGAGUUACAAGUGUAAAUAUGGCGGCAACUGUGAAAUGGACAUGUGGAUGAGGCGGAAGUGCCAGGCAUGUCGUUUGGCGCGAUGUCGGGAGGCCGGUAUGAAACAAGAAUGUCUGUUGUCCGAUGAACAGUGUAAAGCAAGAGAUGCACGCAGGAAAGCUAAGCUACGCUCAACCAAAAAUGUGUCUAGCCCAGAUAGCGGAGCUAGCCCGAUAUCAUUGGGAGACAGCAUGAGUGCAAUGGGGCCCAGUCCACCUUCAACCCCAAAGGACAUGCGUGAACCGAUGUCCCCAGGGACAGUUGUGGAGCGGUCACCUUUACAGUUCAUGGCGGAGGAGCAGCGCAAACUGAUUGAAAAUCUCGUUCUGAUGCAGGACAAAUACGAAGUGCCUGAUCAAGAGGCUGUCAGUCAAGUACAGCCUUUAGGUCCAGAACUUGCUGACCAACAAAUAACAAUAACAACAAAGGAAGCAUUUUGGACACAGCUGGCUGAGUUCACAGCCCUUGUAACACAGCUUGUAGUUGACUUUGCCAAAGCGCUGCCGGGAUUCAAAAGUUUGAACACAGAAGAUCAGAUUAUCCUGUUGAAGGCCUGUACUUUGGAGGUCAUGACCUUGCGUUCUGCUAGACGCUACGACCCCGAGCUGAACGCGCUAAUAAUGGCCAAUGAUGAGCCGUUCACGUAUGAGAAUAUGCAGGACAUUGGAAUGGGGAAGUUUGCUGACCUAACCAUGGACUUCUGUGCGAGCAUGAACCGUAUGCAGGUUGACAAUGCCGAGUUUGCACUGCUAACAGCAGUCUGUAUAUUUUCAGAGCGGCCUGGAUUGAUCGAGCCAAGGAAAGUGGAAAAAGCUCAGGAGGUUUAUAGUAACACCUUGCAGGCGUACGAAAGCAUAAAACGCUUCAAGGGUAGCCAGACUUUUGCCAAACUGCUCCACAAGCUGACUGAUCUACGCUCAGUGGGCAUUGAACACGCCAAGAUGAUGCUGACAGUACAAGUGGAGGACACAAAAGUUCCGCCCUUGCUGCAUGAGAUUUUUGAAUUCAAGCAUGACGAAAACGAUAUGGAUACUGAAAAUACCUCCAGCUGAUGUUUGACGUCACAGCAUUAUUUCUCAUCCAGGUGUAGUCCAGGUGACAUAAACAGCAACAACAACAAAAAACCAUGUUAGAUUGUCCUUCACACACGUCCUAAAUCUUCAUUCUUCAUCAUGCUGUGUUGCUAUGGUAACGAGGAAGUGUCAGGUGUUUGGCGGCUCUCGCUCUCCAGGAUUGGAGGUACUUUUCUCUCCAGCAGCUGUUUGCCUGUGAAUUUCCAACAGUUUUGGCCGGUAAUAAACAGUGAUUAGCUUGAAAGAGAGUUAACUGGAUCUAAGUUAAAACCCUGAGCCAAGCAUUCUCAGUAAAAUGGUGUUUGGCUGAAGACAGAUAAUUCUGUGAGAAAAGUCAAAACCAGUAAUGGUGCCAGAUUUUACAUGAAAUUAUAGAAAAACAAAAUGGCGCCAUUGGAUGAGGAAUGUGUCUGACAACUGCUUAAUAAGAGCUGAUGGAUUCUUCACAGUUCCAGACUCUGAGACCAUUUUCAGUUUCCUCGGAAACAUGUCCACUGCCUGAUAAGGCUUAACUAUUGUGAUUUAAAGAAAACUUCAUACGCAGACAUCUUACUUUUUCGGGGCACAUAUUGAAUGGAUUCCUUCUACAAAAAGAUAAAGACGAGCUCCGAAAAGAGUUCUGUGAAGUUGAACACUUGUAUAAAGUGUAUUGUUACUGUUAUGGAUUUUUUUUUUUCCAUGGUGAUCAUUUGCUCAAAAUGUUAAACUCAAUCAUAUACAUGUGUUACAUGUAUGCUGUUAUGAGUAUACAAUUUAAUAUUCUACGCACUGUUUUCCUUUUUUUGAGACCUGGUGAGACACUCACAUGCAUGCUUACUGACUUCUUGAUUCUGGUCCUACUCACUUCACACCACCGUCAUCAACAUCGGACUAUUUUCUUCUAUUUUUGUUUCGUAAAUGGUUUUGUACCAAAUAAUGGCAAAGCCGGCAUAAACUUAGAGGACGGUUACUAAAGACUGAUUCACAAAGGUUCGUUUGGAAUCUACAUGUAUUUCAACAUGUUCUUGUCUUGUGUUGGAUCUACUUCACCUGUCUUGUGUUGGAUAUGCUUCACCUGUCUUUUGUGG